AUGGAAAAUUUCAAUUCCCAACAAAGAUUUGAAAUUAAAAGAGUCAAAAAUAUUUCCGGUGAUUACUUAGUUGUUGAUGAAAUUAAAUGGGUAAUUAGAGAAUUUAAAGAAAAUCCAGGAGAUUGGAAAAUUGGAAUGGACGGGGGACAAACUUAUCUUAUCCAUAAUUCCGCCCAAGGAAAGGAUAAAAUUGAAUUUGGAACUUUAAUUCACAAUCAGCAAAAGUUUACAGGAAGUUUAAUUUUUAAUUCUGAUGCUAUGAUUAGAGUCAAGGAUUUAAACAAAGCGGAACAAAAAGCGGUUGGAUAUAAUAAGUCGGAACAAAGAUUACAAGAAUUUUCUUUAACUACUCCACAAAAAAAUGAUAAUAAAAUUAGCACUGGCAAAGUUUUCGGUGUUAUAGGAAUUAUUGGUGUUUUAUUAUUUGCUAGUGUAGCAAUAUUAAGAAAGAGGUUGAAUAAUAAAAUUGAAAAUAAGGAACAAGUUAACUUAGAAGAGGAAGUUCAACGAUUAAAGAAGAAAUUAAGUUCUUUAAGAAGUGAGAUUGAUAUUCUCUCCGAUAGCACCAGAAAAGAUCUGUUAAAAAAAAAGUUACUUUUUCUUGAAGACUUGAUGAAUAACUUUUCUGAUCAAGAAAAACAGAAUAAAUCAACUAUUAAAAGGCUAGAAAAAGAGAUUAAAAAGUUAAAAGAAAAAUUAAAGAAUGAUGAGCCUGAUAGAGACCCAGAGCCAGAUGAUGAUGAAAAUAACAAAGAUCAUCCUCAAAUAAAAAAAAUAUUAAACCAAGGAAAGAUAAAAGAAAGCAAAAGAUUUACUAUUUGCUAUAAGAAAGAAGAUUCUCAUCAAGAAAAUAGAAAACAAGUUAGAGAUAAUCUUACUAUCAAAAGGACUGAUAUUUAUCGAAAUCAUAAAAAAUUAGAGGAAACACUUUCAACCCAGUUGGCUUUACUUGAAUCGAGUGUAGAAGAAGAACCUUUACGGGAUGAAUUGAAACAAGAAUUUUAUAAAGAAGGAGGAUACUGUGUGGGCGAGACCAAAAAUAUUAAAAGUGUUGAGUUCAAAUGUGAAGGAAGCAAUUAUCGUAUAAUAGACACACCAGGAUUUGGAGAUACAAGUCUAACCGAGAAGGAAAUAUUAAAUAAAAUUGCUGAGGCUGUUCACGAAGCAAGGGAUGGAAUAACUCAAAUUUUCUUUAUUAUUGGAGGUAGGUUUAGCAAGGCCGAAAUAGAUACUUAUGAAGCAGUUUAUAAAUUGUUUUCUAAGGCUAUUUGUGAUGAAAAUGUUGCCAAGUAUAUUACCAUUGUGCGUACUCAUUUUAAAGACUUUAAAAAUGAAGGUGAAUGUCAGACUGACAUUAAUUUAAUGUUAAAUGACCAUGGUGAACUUUCGGAAAUUAUUACAGAAGUAAUUAAUGAAGGAGGAAAAGGCAAAAUUAUUCAUGUAGACAAUGAUACUUUUCAACUUCGUACUGAUUCAAGAAAAAUACUCCUUGAUCGUUUGCAAAAAUGCCGAGGAGUUUAUAAACCUGAAAGCAUUGAUGAGUUAAAUAGAAAAAUUAGUGGAUCAUUGAGAGAAAAACAGGAUUUGUUGGAAGAAGUUAACUUACUUAAGAGAGAAAUAGAUAAUCUAAAAAAAUGA